CAGGAACCACAACCCGUACAGCCUUGGUUGGGAGUGUGGAACGCCACCGUUCCUGGAAGUGCCUGUUUAGGAAUAGAGUUUGGAUCUGGUUCUAAAAUUAUUGGUCAGGAAGAUUGUUUAUUUCUCAAUGUUUAUACUCCUAAGCUACCACAAGAGAAUUCCGCAGGUGAUUUAAUGAACGUAAUAGUGCACAUACAUGGCGGCGGAUACUAUUUUGGCGAAGGCAUAUUAUAUGGUCCACACUAUCUUUUGGACAACAACGAUUUCGUUUACGUAUCGAUAAAUUACCGUUUGGGCGUAUUAGGAUUUGCUUCCACCGGCGAUGGUGUUUUGUCAGGAAAUAACGGAUUGAAAGACCAAGUAGCAGCAUUGAAAUGGAUACAACAAAACAUCGUGGCAUUCGGUGGUGACCCCAACAGCGUCACGAUCACCGGCAUGUCAGCUGGAGCAAGUUCUGUUCAUAACCAUUUGUUUUCACCAAUGUCUAAAGGCUUAUUUAACCGAGCCAUUAUUCAAAGCGGAAGUGCUUUUUGUCAUUGG